AGAUAAUUAAUAUUAAACCAUUGGACGUAAACAUAACCAAAUUAGUUUUAAAUUAGGCAGUCAAUGAAUCCAGAAAAUGCAGUUUCACUCUUGAUGUGUUAGGGUACUAGAAACCCUUGAUACAAUAUAGAAAUGUAUCAUCUGUGCCUUUUUAAAGUACAUUACUUAAACUAAACUAAAUACCCAUUUAAAAUAAUUUGUAGGUUAGUCUGUGAAAGGCUGUGCUAGUCUAAUAAGUUAAGUGUUGUCUUAAUCGUCAUUUUUAAAAUUUCAAUCUGUUUUAUAGUCAGUAGAAUUACUGUAUUAAAUCAAAAUGUCUAGUGAAUCAAGUCCAUUUAAGUAUUUUCUAUCUGGAGGUUUUGGGGGAGUAUGUACUGUUGUUGUAGGACAUCCUUUUGACACCAUCAAGGUAAGACUUCAGACAAUGCCAAGGCCAACUAAUGGGCAGCUCCCAUUAUACACAGGAACUUGGGAUUGUGCCGUGAAGACUGUUAAGCGAGAAGGAUUUAAGGGAUUUUAUAAAGGAAUGGCAGCUCCUAUUGCCGGAGUGGCCCCAAUUUUUGCAAUUAGUUUUUUUGGCUUUGGAGUUGGGAAGCGAUUACAACAAUCAAAAGAAAAUGAAACUUUGACUAAACCUCAACUGUUUUAUGCUGGUGCAUUUUCUGGAAUCUUCACUACCGUCAUAAUGGCUCCUGGGGAGAGAAUCAAGUGUUUGCUACAGGUACAGCAAGAUUCAUCAGGCCCAAAAAAGUACAGUGGGCCUCGUGAUGUCGUCAGAAAACUUUACAAAGAAGGAGGCAUUCGCAGCAUCUACAAGGGAACUGUAGCAACAUUGCUUAGAGAUGUGCCUGCAAGUGGAAUGUACUUCAUGACCUAUGAAUGGGUUCAAGAGUUGUUGAAACCCGAAGGCUCCACAGAGUUUGGAAUGCUCCGUACAAUCUUUGCCGGUGGAAUGGCCGGUGUUUGCAACUGGGGUGUGGGCAUACCAGCUGAUGUUUUGAAAAGCCGUCUGCAAACUGCCCCAGAAGGCGCGUACCCUGGGGGGUUACGUGAUGUGUUUCGUCAAUUGAUCCGGGAAGAAGGCGUCACGGCUCUAUACAAGGGCUGCACCCCUGUCAUGAUUCGUGCCUUCCCUGCCAACGCUGCCUGUUUUAUCGGGUUUGAGUUUGCCAUGAAGUUUCUCAAUUGGCUAGCCCCAAGCCUCUAAACUUCGACUGAUGUAUCAAUGCAACUGUUAUUCAAUCAUGAUUGUUACUCUUCAGAAUAUUAGUUCUGAUAUCAUACGCUCAUUAUCUUAGUUUUAAGUGUUUGCCAUGUAUUUUAUUUUAAGCGUAUUCAGCCUUUGUGUUUAAAUUAUAUUAUCUUUUUGACAAUGGUGUAGGAUUGCACAAAAGUAAUAAAAUUUUCUUAUCGUUAGCAAAUUGCUGGUAUCCGUAAUGGAAGUUCUGGAACUGUGUCAGUAUUCUUAGUCCGAUGGUCCUCGACAACGAUUACAUUACAUCUUCAUCAUAAACAACUAGCAUAAGCCAAAUUUACUGUGAUCAACAAAUUAGGGACAUUUCAACUGUUGGGAUCUGAAAUAUGAUUCUGUAUAUUAAAUGCAUGCUUCAAGAGGUUUUAUUUUAAGUUAUUCAUCAUUAUUGUAUAGCCUACCCUUAACUUUUUAGCCUAGUCAAUAUUUUACCUCAUGUAUUAAACUUAAUCAUAAAUAACCUAAUAUAUUAUUCAAUACCCAUUAUGUUUUGAUGUCAAGAGAAAUUGCAUUUUAUUUUAAUUGUGUAAAAACGUAUAUGCUUGUUGUCAAAGGUUUUAAAUUUUAAAAUGUUAAGAUAAAAACUGUGCAUUAUUCUUAUCAUAUGUUUUAUUUGCUUGAAUAAACAAUGUAUCUUAAAGAGAUGUGUUUAGGUUUGUUUUAAUUUGUUUUUAUUCACAUUGAACGUUUACAUAUUUAACUUUCAACCUCAACAGCUGAUUUAGGUUCUUGUAUCUGUCAGGUCUAUUGUGAAUCCUUUGAUCAGGCGUUUUACUAUUUUCAACCAAUCCUGUGUCCACCAGAAACAUUUUUUUAAUGAGAAGUAUGAUUGUUGUAUUCAUGAGGAGAAACAUUGUAUAAUUAAUCAAAUCAAUUUAUCCUAGGGUUCAAAGAGUAAUUCUUCGUGCUCUGGGGCCCUAUUUUUGAAAUGGUUGACUGUUGAGUUGAGUGUCGAGUCAUUCUAUUUCCAAUCGUUUCGUAUUUUUGAAACGAUUGACGGUGGACUUAUACAACCAAAACUACUCAACACCUAUCGAGCUGUUGAGUGGAGGUUGACUGCACUUUCUUCUUCCUCUCUUUCGGCAAAAAAUUACUCUUUUUGAGUCGACGCCAUAUUGUUUUGUUAUUGCUUUAAUUUACUAAUUGCGAUUUAGAGGUUAUGUAUUUCAUUUGUUGUCAAUGUCUUAGCAAAUAGCCAUAAGCUUUAACCUAAAUAAAAACACAAUUAAAAAUAACAUGAAACAAAACGAUGAAGAAAACUAAAAUAAGGUGAUGUGUUCUUAAAUAGAUACGAAGAAAGCAAAUAAUAAUGUAUUUAGGAUAUGCCUAAACUUAUAAUGAGCUACACCAUAAAACAAACAAACAUCCAUAGUAAAUUUUAUUGUUAAUACUUAUAAGUUUAUAUAAGGUACUUCUGCAAUCACUAAGAUUAAAGCAAGACAUAACCUCACUCAAUCUCUCAAGAACGGAGUUGACACGUUGACAGUUUACCUCAGUAUCUCGAAAUAUGGUAGAUUGAGAUUAGCUGAUCCAGAUUUUAGAGUAAGAAGAGGUAAAAUCGAUGAUCACAAAAACUCUGCAUUGUGAUUGGUUUAAAAUGACGUCAUCUGAAUUUCGGGCGGUCGUAUGCUCUACAUUUCCAAAACGAGUCACUCAACUAGUGAUUUCCAACUCACUUCCAAACUGUUGGAUUUCAAAAAUACCAAAUCCUGUUGUUGGUUGAGUUGAGUGUUGACUGUAGAGUCAACUGUCAACCAUUUCAAAAAUAGGGAGCCUGGUCUGUCACAGUGGCCAAAAUGUAUGCAUCCUAUGUUUGCUGUAACUGUGAUUAUGUACACAUCACAACUGAAAGAUUAACAACAUUGUAUGUAGUGUUUGUUAUAAUUUGUACUCAUUUUUAGCAUUCAAAUCAAUAGUGAAAAUUAUAUUUAGAUAUCUUUAAAUAUAUUGUUAUGUAAACGGCUGUUUUCUAUAUGUCCUGUUGCAUAGCUGUAGUACCUCUUUUAUCCCUAGAGUAAAGAGAACCAGGAGCCAAGGAUGAGUAGCACAUUUUACACACUUGUAAACUUGUCCGCAAAUUUUUCCAAAAAUUAGCUCCCAUCAAUAAAUAAAUAUACUAUCGUAUUGUUGGUAAAAUUUAUUUGGGUUCAUCAUCGUGUCACAUUGCAUAUUUCACUGCAACAAAUAUCCCUUUAUUGGUUCUUAGAUUGGUUGAGAACAUGAAAUAGUUACUGAAUUUCGGAGUAUUAUUUUAACUGUGCCAUAAGGUCAUUGAAUAGUGAUGGUCCUGCUCCAGUAAAGCUGAUAGGUUAUAGUGCUUGCCUUCAAAUAUGAAAGUUCCUGGUUGGACCCCACUGGGUUGAUCAUGGACCCAGAUAUCAUUAGUCAUUGAUAAAUUGAUCAGUCAUCAAUCAUCAUCAAUUGCUGAUGCUAUGUAACAAAAAGUUUGCGUUAGUAGUAACAAGACCAGGGUUUGGAUUCCUUUAAAAAAUGUACUUCUACUAUAAAACUAUUUCUACUUUUUAAGUCAGAACUUUUAUUUUGAUAGUACUGUAUAACCAAUUGAAUCAUAGUUUUAAAACAUAACUGUUAGGCACAAGGAAUGUAUUUUAAGUACUGAAGUAGAACUCCUAUCAUCCGAAUGCCAAUUGACUAAAUUAAUGUUUAUGAAAAUAUGAUG